ACUAAGGAUGGCUGAGAGCAAAAUGGCUGUGACCCAGUGGAGCCCGACAUUUGUACAAGACCUUGUCCCUGCUGCCCAAAAGACAGCUCUUCUCUACCAUCUCUCUUACCUGUGCCUGGCCAACUUCCCCAACCUGGAGAGGAUCAUCAGGAGUCGGGCUGUGGAAACCCAGCUUCUGUUUGGCUCUUCUGAUGCAACUAUGUUGAAAUGUAUUUUGACAAGUGAAAACCUGGUUCAGUCACUGUUUCCCAUGUUGACAAAAGCUGUGGAGAAAAACAAGCCCAUUCUGGCAGUCAAGUUUCUAGCCAAAGCACAAGUCUGGAUCAAAGAAAUUAUCACUGAAGUGGACAGGAUAGUGGAAAAGUAUGAUUUACACAACAAAGAUGUGGCAUCAUCCACCAGUGAUGUUAUCAAGGAAAAAAUUGAGACAGACAAAAAGAUUACACAACAAGACCAUGAGAUGAAGCAGACUGAAAAUACCCUGAAUGAUCUGAAAUCAAAACUCCAAAAAGCCACAGAAGAGCUUGCUGAACUUGAGAGAAAGAUAAACAGCAAAAACCAAGAGAUUCAAGAUUUUGCCAGCUCCAUAACCAAAACAAGUAAAGGCCUCGGCAUCUUCGCUGCAGUUGUUCCGUUCAUCGGGCUAAUUGUGAAGAGCAUUUAUGAUGCUGUUUAUGAUUCUGAAAAUGUUGCCUGUAUGAAGGCUCUUGAAGCUGAAAUGAAUAACCUCAGGGCUGAUAAGACUGCUCUGAAACAAAAGCAGUGGCAGCUCGAACUUCAGAUCUUUGAUUGGCAGAUGAAGUUUGCCAAAGCCAAUUUUGACCGGAAUUCUAUACCAGAUCCCAUCCAUUUAAAUGAGGUUCAGAGUAGCUUGUCAAAAAUUCAGGCAAUUCUGAUUCAGCUGAAAAAAUUCUGGGAGAAUGUUGCUCAAAUGUUGAAGUACCUGGAACAAAAGACCUUUGUUGGAGAAGAUCUUAUUGAAGACCUUGUUGAACUGAAAGAUGAAUUUCUAGAAUCAAUCAAAGCAGCCAAAGAGGCUUGGAGCAGUUUUGGUGCAGGCUGUAAAAAAGCAUCUGUCAUCUUCAAGAUCCAAACCAAAGAUGCCUACAAGUUUCUGGAGGUCAGCCCUUCCUCUCUCUCCAAGGAGCAGUGGCAAACAGAGUAUGAAAGUGUGAAGGAACAACUGCAGAAAAUAGACCCAGUGCAAAGUGUGAUGUCCUCUGAUACACCUGCCAUUUCUGAGUGAUCUACAUGCACAAGUACAUUGUCCCAUUUGUUUUUUUUUCAUGAUGCUGGUA